AUGCAGUUACUUUUUUCAACAUUUUUAUUUUUAUAUAUUAUUAUAUAUCUAACUAUUGCCUUUAAAAAUUUUACACCAUCAGCAAGACUAAAAUGUACAGGAGAUAACUUUUGUAUUAUUAAUGAUGACAUAAUAAGAUUUUUUUUAAUUGGUGAUAUUGGAGGUGAUCCAAUAUAUCCAUACUCGUCAUAUGCUCAAAGAAAAGUAGCAAAUGCUAUGAAUGAAUUGUGUAUUGAAAAAAAAUAUACAUUUGUUAUAAAUACCGGUGACAACAUUUAUUUUAAUGGUGUUGAACAUAUAUUUGAUAGCCGGUUUGAUGAUACUUUUGAAUAUGUUUAUGAUAAAGAUUAUUUAAAAAUGCCAUUUUAUAUGACUUUUGGUAAUCAUGAUUAUUUAGGAAAUACUAAAGCACAAAUAAAUUAUACUUACCAUAGUAAUAAAUGGACAUUUCCUAAUUAUUACUAUACAAUUAAUUAUCAUCUAAAAAAUGAAACAAAAAUAAAAUUUUUAAUGAUCGAUACAAUUCAAUUGUGUGGAAAUACAAUUGAUAUUGAUGGAAGUAAUAUUAUAUCAUGGAUAAAAGCUGAUCAUCAUGAUCCAUCUGGUCCAGAUGAUGUAAAUUUAGCCAAUGAACAAUGGGAGUGGAUUAAAAAUGAACUCGAAAAUUCUAGUGAUAAUUAUUUAUUUGUGGUUGGACAUUAUCCAGUAUAUUCUAUAUCAGAGCAUGGACCAACAAAAUGUCUCAUAGAUAAAUUAGAUCCACUUUUAAGAAAGUAUAAUGUUACGGCAUACUUUGCUGGUCACGAUCAUAAUUUACAAGAUCUACUAGUUUAUGAUAAAGAAUCAGAAACAUACAUGUCAUAUAUAAUAUCAGGUGCCGGUUCCAAGACUGAUAGAUCCAAAAAAAACAAGAAUAAAAUUUCAGAUGAUUCAGUUAGAUUUUUUUAUCCACAAAACUUUAAUCCAUUUGGACAAUUAGGUUUAAGUGAUGGAGGUUUUAUUAGUGUUGAAGUAAAAAACGAUCAAGCAGUACUUAUUUUUUAUUCUGGAAAUGAAUCAGAAUUACAUAGGAUGUAUCUUUAUCCAAGAUUUAUCAAUUAA